AUGGAACAAGCAGGUGGCGGGCUGAGCUCGAUAUUCUGGAAUAUUAUAAAUGGUUCUAUUGCAGGUGCCAUUGGAAAAAUUAUCGAAUAUCCAUUCGACACUGUGAAGGUUAGAAUGCAAACACAAGGCUCACAUAUCUUUCCUACUACAUGGUCAUGUAUAAGAUACACAUAUGAGAAUGAAGGUAUAAUGCACGGUUUUUUCCAAGGUAUAGAAUCUCCACUAAUAGGUGCUGCAUUGGAAAAUGCGAUGCUGUUCGUUGCAUACAAUCAGUUCUCCAGAUUUUUAGAGACAUACACCAGUUUGUCUCAUAUUAUUGUCAUAUUACUUUCCGGUGCAUUUGCAGGAGCAUGUGCUAGUCUGGUUUUGACACCCGUAGAACUUAUAAAGUGUAGAUUACAAGUGAUAAAUUUACAUAGUGCGUUACCUCAGGAUGAAGAUGAAGAAGCACCUGCCGUUAAUACCACAAUUCUAGGUACGAUAAAGGCUAUCUUGAAAGAAAGAGGAAUAUCAGGUUUUUGGCAAGGUCAGUCAGGAACAUUCAUAAGAGAAUUUUUUGGAAGUUUGAUAUGGUUCGCUACGUAUGCCUUCAUGAAAAAAUUCUGGAUAAUGGAAAAUGGCGGUUCUGGGCAGAUCAAAUCAUGGCAGCUACUUCUUAGUGGUGCAUGUGCAGGUCUGGCAUUCAAUGCAAGUAUUUUUCCAGCUGAUACUGUGAAAUCAAUAAUGCAAACAGAACGUAUUGGCCUUCUUGAGGCAGUAAGUAAGGUAAAAAACACCUAUGGUAUAGCGGGGUUUUACAGAGGUCUGGGAAUAACUCUAUUUAGAGCGGUUCCUGCCAAUGCAGUAGUCUUUUUCACUUAUGAAAAGUUGAGUUUGUUCUUCGGACAGAGCCCUGUCCAGACUUGA